AUGCAACUUCAGGACAUGGAUCCUGAUGGGUAUUCGUCUUCCAUACUCACCCUCUUUUGCAAUCAGGGCGUGUUGAAUAGAUGGAUCGAGAUAGAAAACGAGUGUUGCCUGGAUCGUAUGGAUGAAAUGCUAUCAGCGCCGGAUCGUUGGAAAAAUCGCUUUCGAUCUAUGGAAGAUGCUGAUCAGUAUCUGGUGUGCAACUGUGCGGAUGCCUUUGUUUCAAUGCUUCAGUACCAGCAAAGUCGUGCAAAACUGCUCCCAGACGACGUAGCCCAGAGGAAAUUCCUUGAUUUGCAAUUGCUCCUCACUGAGGACUUUCGCAAGCGACUUGUCCAAAUCGCUAAUCAAGCGGAAUCACCUUGGAGCGAACCGUUUCCCAACGUGAUGAACGCCAUAUGGUAUCUCAGACAGGUAGUGGAGGAAUGGAGCGAUUCUUGCCUACUGAGUGGUGUCACUUCAAGUGGAGGCCGCGCAGUUUUUGAGGAAUCAUCGGCAAUGUUCAAUCAUGUAUGGAAUCAAAUGGCUGACGACGUUGUCAUAUCACUGAAAUUGCAAACCAUUGAUGUCAUGAAGCCGUAUCAACAACAUUUUUGGUGCGCUAUGGAACCACGGCUUGGAUCAUCUUCACGUGAACUUACUGAGCCAUUUUGUCCAGUUCUAAUGAAAAUUCGCUCCAUUUUUGCCAAUGCGGGUGUGCAAAUCUCAAAGGCGUCACUUGAGGAGCUUUUCAAACGAAUGUCGUCAGCCCUUGCAUGUGUCAUUGCUGAAGAAAUUGUCAAUGUAACCCCAUUUAGUGCUGAGGGAGCUACACAAAUGUUGUUUGAUAUGGAGAGCGGGCUCAUCCCUGUGCUCUGUCACAUUUUCACUCGUUGUGAAAUAUCGCCAAAUAUGUAUUACGAUGAAACCUUCACAACGCUUCUUGGCUCGCUGAAGUUCUUAUCCUUAUCGUGGGCUGUCAUAACCUUGUUGAAAGAUGAAAUCGAUCAGCUUCCGGACGAAAUAGCUGAGGAAAAGCUAUUUGAAAUGAAGAUUUAUGGGGUGAAUAAAGAAAAAGCCAAGAAUUUAAUCCGCUUACGUAGCGAUAUUGAUAAGCAAAUGGAUGAUCUUGGACAUACGUAA